AUGGCCGUUGAUGAUAUGCAGUUGGCCGCAUCAAUGCAGAUGAGCAAUCAGAUGAGCAACUCGCAGAGAAUGAGCUUUGCGAUACAUGAAAUUCUUGGAAUUCAGGGCAACGCCUACCUAUCCCAUGGCUACUGUCCACAGGGAACGUUCUUCCCAAACCAACCGAAUUUCAUGGAUAUUAGCACUUGCGGGGUCUCCGGAUUCGACAGCAGACCUCUCUGUGGAACCGAUGGACUUGGAAAUGUGUCAGCAAGUUCUGCUCCAUUGAUGUACCGUAUGCCUACUUCUACCAAUGACGUCGUGCUCAAUGUGGAGCCACAAACCCAAGUGAGCUCCACAACUUCUACAUCUUCAUCUGGAGCCUGUGCUACUUCCACGUCUUCUGGAGGUGGAAAAGCUAGCAAACGGAAGAAGCGAAGACAUCGCACAAUCUUCUCCCAAUAUCAAAUUGAUGAACUCGAGAAGGCGUUCCAAGAGGCUCACUAUCCGGAUGUCUAUGCUCGUGAAGUGCUUGCUGGGAAGACUGAACUUCAAGAGGAUCGGAUUCAGGUAUGGUUCCAAAACAGACGUGCCAAGUGGCGAAAAACCGAGAAGACGUGGGGAAAGAGUACGAUAAUGGCCGAGUAUGGGUUGUACGGAGCCAUGGUUCGACACUCGCUUCCGCUUCCAGAAACGAUUACAAAGUCAGCAGAGACAGCGGAUCCACAGCAGAGUGCGGCGCCAUGGUUGUUAGGAAUGCACAAAAAGAGCAUGGAAGCUGCUGCACACUUGGAGAGUGUCGAGAAAUGUGAUAUGUCGGAUAGUGAGGAUGAUGAACCACCUCGUCCGGUCAAAUCGGAGUACAAGACACCAAGACUCCCUGAAGCACCCAUUCAAACCCAUCAGACUCUGAAUUUCGAUACACCCCUAGUCUCCCAACAAGUCCACUUCCAGAAUGCCCAAAUGAUUCCUUCGAUUUCCUCAUCGAAUUCCUUGAAAUUGUACCAUGAUUACACUAAUUCCAUGUAA